CAGCCAGAGUUCUUCCCCGAGAUCUCACCUGACUUCGCUCACCUGCAGUGGAUGCAGGGAGAAAACAGGAGAGGGUAUAUUCCCAGUUACCUGGACAAGGAUGAGCUCUGUGUCGUAUGUGGGGACAAAGCCACGGGUUAUCACUAUCGCUGCAUCACCUGUGAAGGGUGCAAGGGAUUCUUCAGGCGGACGAUCCAGAAGAACUUGAAUCCGACGUACGCCUGUAAAUACGAGGGAAAUUGCGUCAUCGACAAAGUGACGAGGAACCAGUGCCAGGAAUGUCGCUUCAAGAAGUGCAUCGCGGUGGGAAUGGCAACCGACUUGGUAUUGAACGACAGCAAGAGGCUGGCGAAGAGGAAACUGAUCGAGGAAAACCGGCAACGGCGUCGGAAAGAAGAGCUCCAGAAGACGGUGUGGGAUCGCCAGGAACCGACGCAGGAGGAGUGGGAUCUGAUCCGAAUGGUGACGGACGCCCACAUGACCACAAACGCACAAGGAAACCACUGGAAACAGAAGCGGAAAUUCCUGGUCGAGGAAGCAAUGCUUCUUAAUGAAAUAACAUGUAAUUUAUUCUAUACUUCUGACCAGAGUGCUGCAGGGGUGAAGGAAGAUAAGCCUGAGGAUAUUGGUCAAGCGUCGAUGGUCAAUACGCCGGAAGAAAACAAAGUGGAUAUAGAAGCCUUCAGUCAGUUUACAAAAAUUAUCACCCCUGCCAUAACCCGAGUGGUGGACUUUGCCAAAAAACUGCCUAUGUUUUGUGAUGUAAGUGUGAAAAAAAGAGGAUAA